AUGCCGUCCCAGGCCUCAACAGCCACAACAUCUUCCGGCAACGGGACCGACCCGGCUCAACAGCCAUGCUCUCGCACAAACCAGACCGGGGGGGCAUGCAAGGAGAAUGUUGGCUGGCGAAGAAUCGUUCGAAAUUUCACGCCAUCAGAUAUCUCUCUUGUCUUCAAAAGAUGGUUCGCCGUCAACAUGGGUACUGGCAUCGUCAGUAUUCUCCUAUACCGGUUGCCAUAUAAUGGUGAAUGGCUCCAGUACAUAUCAUACAUCUUCUUUUGCGCCAAUGUCGUCUUGUUUGCUUUGUUUACAGCCGUGUCCGUGCUGCGGUAUACUUUAUAUCCAGAGAUUUGGUUUGCCAUGAUUGCUCAUCCAGGCCAAUCUUUAUUUCUCGGUUGUUUCCCCAUGGCUUUUGCCAGUACGUUCUUCUUUCCCAACACGUCUGCCGAUAUGUCAUCGCUUACAAAAUUCUUAGCGAUUAUCAACAUGAUGGUCUUUGUUGGCAAGUCGUGGGGCAAUGGUUUCAUUUACCUGACAUGGGCGUUUUGGUGGGUAGAUGCCGUGGUCUCCAUGGCCACCUGCAUCAGCAUGCCCUUCAUCGUCAUGAAACGGCACCGCCCUGACCUCCAGAACAUCACAGCUGCCCUUUUACUCCCCAUAGUACCGACAGUCGUCGCGGCAGCCUCUGCAGGUAUUGUCGCCGAGGUCCUCCCGGACGUCAAGCAUGCUCUGACGACUCUGGUGGCCGGGUACGUCCUAUGGGGCAUAGGCAUCGCGUUCUCCGGGUGUGUGCUCGCCCUCUAUCUCCAGAGACUGAUGAUCCACUCUUUGCCGGCCCGGGAGGUCAUCGUCUCCGUCUUCCUGCCGAUUGGGCCCCUCGGACAAGGCGGGUUCGGCAUACAGCAACUUGGCAAGGUUGCUCUCAAGGUGAUACCUGAAGCGAAUGCGUUUCCUGCUCUCGGGGCCGACGUUUCAAGAGCCGGCGAGAUCCUCUAUGUACUGGGGAUCUUCAAUGGACUUGUGAUGUGGGGUUUCGCCCUUGUCUGGCUGGCCUUUGCCCUGAUCAGCAUCAUCACGACGCAGAGCUUUCCCUUUAACAUGGGCUGGUGGGGUUUUACUUUCCCCCUGGGUGUCCUGGCUACGUGCACGUCGCUUCUUGCUGAGAAUCUGCAGAGCCAAUUCUUCCAGGUUGCGACAAUGAUUCUGUCCCUUUCGGUUGUCCUGCUCUGGGCCGUUGUGGCUGUUAGAACGAUGCUUCAGGUCAUCACUGGGGAGAUGUUCUUCGCGCCUUGUCUUGGGGAUAUACGUCCGAAGGAACAGGCUGGUGGUGAAGACAGGAGAGUAUAG